GGGGCGCGCCGUGCCCGGCGGCGCGGCCCCAUGGAGCCAUGGCGCGUAGGGCGCCGAGCGGGCGGGCCCUGGCCGCGGCUCCGGCUCCGUCCCGGCGGCUGGCGCGGAGGGUCCUCGUCCUCUUCACUCUCUCGCUGUCCUGCUCGUACCUCUGCUACAACCUCCUGUGCUGCUGCGGCGGCUCCGCCGCGCCCCGCGCCCGCUGCCCGCCCGUCCGCGCCGCCGCCGCCAAGAAACUUCUGCAGCAGUCGCGGCCGUGCGGGCGGGCGGCCCCCGCCGAGCCCCCCGCCCCGCCGGCCGGCAGCGCCCCGGGGGCGGCCCGCCCGGGGACCAAGCGCCUGCCGCGGGCCAUCGUGGUGGGCGUCAAGAAGGGCGGCACCCGCGCCGUGCUGGAGUUCAUCCGGGUGCACCCCGACGUGCGCGCGCUGGGCACCGAGCCCCACUUCUUCGACAGGAACUACCACCGCGGGCUGGAGUGGUACAGGAGCCUGAUGCCACGGACGCUCGACAGCCAGAUCACGGUGGAGAAGACCCCCAGCUACUUUGUCACCAAAGAGGCACCACGGCGGAUCUUCAACAUGUCCCGGGACACGAAGCUGAUCGUGGUGGUGCGGAACCCGGUCACCAGGGCCAUCUCAGACUACACACAGACCCUCUCCAAGAAGCCGGACAUCCCCACCUUUGAGGGGCUGACCUUCCGCAACCGCAGCCUGGGGCUGGUGGACACCUCCUGGAACGCCAUCCGCAUCGGGAUGUAUGCCGUGCACCUGGAGAGCUGGCUCCAGUACUUCCCCCUCUCCCAGAUUCACUUUGUCAGUGGGGAGAAGCUGAUCACAGAUCCAGCUGGGGAGAUGGGCAAAGUCCAGGACUUCCUGGGCAUUAAACGGGUUAUCACGGACAAGCACUUCUACUUCAACAAGACAAAAGGCUUUCCGUGCCUGAAGAAGUCGGAGAGCAGUGGCUUGCCUCGCUGCCUGGGCAAGUCCAAGGGCAGGACUCAUGUGCAGAUAGACCCCGAGGUGAUCGAGCAGCUUCGGGACUUUUAUAGACCUUAUAAUAUCAAAUUCUAUGAAACGGUCGGGCAGGACUUCAGGUGGGAAUAAGCGUCCAGGAGCAGUGCUGCAGUGACAUGAGGCUGCAGUCUUCCAUGAGGGGGGCCCAAGGGGCUGGAGACAGGAUCCUCACAGCUCGUCCUGCCCGGAAUUGCAAGCAGAGGCAGGCGAGGGCCUCCCUGUCCCUUGGGAGUCAGCAGUGCUCUGGAGCGAGCCAAGACAAGGAAGACACAAGAGUCCUGCUGCAGCCCCCAUGCUGAGGGAUGAGGGCCCAGCAGCACUGCCUGUCCCGGCGGGUCAGCAGCACUAUGGCUUGUCCUGUGGGGUCCUGUUUGCUUUUAACACCACGUGGUCCCCAGGGCACAGUGGUGGCCCCAUCGUGCGGCCUGUGAGCAGGCUGCUCCAAGCACGUCCCUCCUCUGUGUCCCAAGGCAGAUGGGUGCUCCUGAACAGUGGCAGUGGGACUGUCUCCCCACACCCUGGGCAGGCAGAGCUCCGGCCUCUCCACUUGCCUUCGUCACUCGUGCGCAGUGUGUACCCAUGAGGACAGUGAGAUGUAUCUGCUUGACAAAGAAGUCCAUGGAAAAUGUUGUACUGAUAUUUUGUCCUGUGAAUAAAGCACAGAAUCCUGCUGUUACGGGUACUUUAGUGGCACUAGUUUCCUUGUUCAGCAUGUGAUCCCUUCAUGUAAAUAAAGCGGCUUCCACCGGUCCGUA